GGGAGGGAGGGAGGAGGAGGGGGGGUGGCGGAGAGAGAGGCUCGGUAGAAAAGGAGAGGGGAAAGGACCGAGCCAGUGCCAUGAACAGCGCCCUGCCGUACGAGCCGGGCUCCAGGAGCGGCGAGCGGGACCGGACCUCUGCGGCGCGCCGCCUCUCCUCGCCCAGGGGGCUCCUGCUGUCCUCGCCGGCGGCCCACCGCCGGCCCUCGGCUCCCCCCGCCCUCCUGCCGCCGCCCUGCCAGCAGCUGCAGCACCAGCGGCUCUCCUCCUCGCUCUGCUCGUCGGCCUCGCUGGCGGCCCCCGCGCCUCCGGCCCGGGGCCCCUGCCGCUGGCCGCUGGGCGUCAUGGCCCUCCUCCGCCUCAGCCUCCUGCUCUUCAGCUGCCUCUUCUGGGCGGCGGGACUGGCCAUCUUCACCCUGGGCGUGUGGACCCAGGUCUCACUGUCCGACUACAUGCUGCUGUCCGCCAACAGCUACCCCAACGCGCCCAUGGCCCUCCUGGCCACAGGGGGCGCCAUCACCGCCUGGGGAUUCCUGGGCUGCCUGGGCACGGCGGCCAGGCUGCCCUGCCUGCUGCGGGCCUACGGCUUCUUCCAGCUCUUCACCCUGGUGGCGGGGCUGGCCGCCGGGCUUUCCGGCCUCUUCUACCGCGAGGACAUCGCCGAGGGCUUCCGCAGCGGGCUCCAGCGGGCGGUGGCGGCCUACGGCGAGGACGAGGGCCGGGCCAACGCGCUCGACGGCCUGCAGAGGGCGCUGCGGUGCUGCGGGGCCGAGGGCUGGGAGGACUGGCUGACGUCCGACUGGACGCCCCUGGGCCCACCGGGGAACGACUCCCGGGUCUCGGUGCCGGACAGCUGCUGCGGCCGCCGAAAAGCCUGCUGGAACCGGCCUGUCCCCGAGGAGGGCGACGGGGGAGGGCCGGAGGCGGCCGGGAUCCACCGCCACGGGUGCUUCCGGAAGGUCUUCGGAAUCGUCAACGACAACGUCUUCCACAUCGCCGCCACCGUCCUGGGCCUGGCGUUCACCCAGGUGGCCGGCAUCGCCUUGGCCUGCCUGCUGGCCAACCGGCUGGCACCCAGGGGCCAGCUCGGGGGGGGGCACUGACGAGGGGGGAACACCAUUUCGGACUGGACGGGGACCCCAAAAAAAUUCCUAGGGAACCUCCGCAGGUAACGCGACUACCUUGCCGUGUAUCGAAGUACUGGAUUCGUUUCCCCCCCCCCCCCACCUCUUCCAAAUGAUAGAACCGGGGAAGAGACAGAGCAAAGGCUAACACAGACGGCGGUUUGGACACGGAACCUUCGUUCCUCUGCUUAUGGCUAAAAUACGUCAUUAGAAAACAGCUGAAGGUUUCAUGCUAGCGUAUUUCAGCUAGUUAGCCUGCUCUCACUGCAAGAACCAAACAAUAAGUCUGCCUUAAAACUUACAAUUUUAUUUCUAUUUUUUUUUUUUUUUGCUAAAUAAGACAAAAUGAUUGCCAAAAAGGUGGUGAGGUGAGAGUUUUACUCAUUUCAAGAUUUGGGGAAAGACAAUUUCACUUGUCAAGCAAAAUGCAACAAGCUAAUAUUUUGUGCUGGAGAGAAAAAGUCAUAAAAAUAAGAUUUCAAGUCUCAUUACAAGACUAAAACAGACAGACUUAACUCUAACCCGAACCCUAACCCUAAUUUGAGACAGACUUAUUUUUGUGUUUUUGCCGUUUCUGAGCCUGUCCGAGGGACAGUCUUUUUGUGAAUGCUGUCUCUUCCCUGUUUGUUGGGGAGUGAUGGGAGGGAAAAAAACCACAUACUUCGGCCUGGUCAGUGCACUUGAAGCUCCUUGGACGUACUUUAAUCGGUUUGGCCUGGGAGAUCUGGUCGGCGGUAUCCUGGACAGCAAUGCAGACAAGCUGAACCGUAUGGGGAGAAGGUACUGACGGUGCCGCUCUUGCCCCCACAAAAUCCACCCGGGUCAGUGUGUACAAUCUGUCUGGAGCACAGCGGGGUCAACAGAUACAGCACCAGUCCAACAACAGCCUGAUUAUACACCGGUCUCUUCGGUCAGGAAUGGACAGGAUCUACAACAGAUUCCCCAGCUUCGACCGGUCCGUCUGUCUGGCCUGUAAAUUUACUUUUACAACAUGGAGAAGGGGAUUUUUUUCCUUAGCGUUAAUUUACCUGCUUUGUGCGGACAAACCUCGCGAAAGAAUAAUGAUCAGAAAAGUGCACUGACAAAUAUAAAGAAAUAAAUAUAAAGUUCUGCUAUGUUGACCUGUGGACCUACUAAAACAGUGCUGUUCAGCAGAUGAGCUGCAUUUGGGGCAACCGCACCGAUAAAUAAUUCUUGUUUCUUGCCGAUUUGUCUGUGAAUUAAAACUAGUAAUAUUUCACAUUUGCAACAAAACAAAAAAAAAAGCGUAUUCACAUUUGCAUGUAGCAUUACCGGUCAGCUCGUUGACUCAGAAUACAAAGGCUAAAAUAAUGUUCUCUGACUCUUCUGAAUUGCAUGCAAACACGAUUGGGGCAGCAACAAUUCUUUUUCAAAAUCCGACGUUCUCACACAAGCACAUUGCUGUGUAGUCACGUUUCUUUUUCGCUUUGUGUAUCGUCCUUAAAUUUGACUCCAAAAACUCGGGGGGAAGAAGGCGCAAGUGGUAAAUAUCUGUGGGUUUUUUAAACGCUUUUGUGGCUGUGGGCAUUCUCGUGCUUGUCUCGUGUCCAUUUGUGCAGUCGAUGAAGGGUCUCGUGUAGGUUCUCUGUGAAGGAGCCGUGUACUCACACCGAAUGUGUAUUUCGUCAGCCUCCUCUCGAUUAGGCGAAAACAUAUCCCACGACUGUACAGUGUUUAAGCUAACGACACAGAUGCUCCAUUAUAAUUCAAGAUGUUUAACGCUCGAAAGAUUCGUUUGUGUGUCCUGUCUCAGCAAGAAGACAUCGUAUGGUUCACACCAAGAGCCGAUGUAGAACGAGACCACUGUGGAUUUUGCCUCAUCUGAAAUAUUUAUUGACCUUUACCUUAUAGUAAAAUAACAAUACGUUGUGUUAAAAUUCGUACACAUCCCGAUGUGGCGGGGUUUGACUGUAUUUUGUGUAUAGGUAUAAGUGUUCUUAAAUAUUUAUCUGGGCACUGAUGGUGAUUGAGCAGUACAGACUUACUGAUUCACGAAAUCUUGUCAGCACUCCUCGCAUAACAACGAAAUCCUAUGCGAGGGAAGGGUUCAUUUGUUGUCAUGGCAAUUUCCUUGAUUUUUAUGUGACAAAAUAAAGAUUGUGCUUAUAUUCUGGGGAAAAAAAAGGGUUAAAGUUUA